AUGACCCUCUCUCUUCGUGACAUCACACAAGCGUAUCCCCAGGCGCAGACCGAACUAUUCCGCACCAUUCUCACGCAUCUUCCCGCCGAAUUAGAAGGAAGAUACCCGGAAGGAACAAUCAUUCGCGUUAUUAAGCCCCUAUACGGAAUUGCGGAGGCCGGAGUCCAUUGGUUUCGAACCUAUCACGGGCAUCAUGUCGAUAACCUCGACAUGUCCACAUCAACCUACGACCUAUGCUUCCUAAUUACGAAUAAGGGACCUGAUAACUUUGGGAUUGUGGGAAUGCAGACUGACGAUACCCUUAUGCUUGGCACACAACGCACAAUUUCGGGCAAAGCCGAAGACAACGAUGACCCGGGUACUAGCAUUGACUUCAACGGUGCAAAGAUAACCCUCCAAGACACCACUUUCCACAACGCUCUACUGCUUCAACAAAGGGUCAAGCAGCCAAGAUCGAACCCAUCGACAUCAAGGCAUACGAUCGAGCCCAACAGUACGUGGAACAGCGUGCCCGUGGCGCAGGCCUCAUUCGACAUCUCUAUUGCUGCCCAGGUCCAAACCCCUACGGAAGAGGAUUGCACGACCCUCAACAAGCGGCUUCAAUGGCAGAAAGACCACCAGCAGCGAGGCCUAACGUAUAUCCCUAUUGACCUCGCCAAUGCCAAGCUUAUCGUCUUUACCGACGGUUCCUUUGCGAACAAUAAGGACCUAUCGUCACAGCUAGGCUUCGUCAUUGCCUAG